AUGCAUUCGUUGUUCAGUGGUAUCCUUUUCGCCACAUCAACUGCGUAUGGCUUUGUACAGGGCGACUGUAUCAAAUAUGACUUCAAAUUGACAAGACUGGCUCUGCAACUAUCACCCGGGGCAGCAAUAUCAUGCCGCAACUCUCCGCUGCAACAAGAUAACGCUCAUCGAUACUGGGGAGAACAGUACGGCAAGAAUGCGAUGCUUGUGGUCUUUCCACUCACCAGAGAGGUUGUCAGGUUUGCUGUUCAGGCCGCUUCUUCCUCGAAACUUGGUAGAGACCUUGCUUUUGUGGGUGGAGGCCAUGGACAAACUAACGCGUCGAGCACAUCUGGAUUUUCGAUUGAUCUGUCCUGGAUGAACUCGGCUCGCAUCUUGCACAAUGUCACUCUUGGAGAUACUAGGGUGUCUACGGCUAUUGCAUAUCAAGGAGGUGCUACCUGGAAACAAGUCAUGGAUUGCACGAAUGGAACUGAUUUUACAGCUGUCGGCGCUCGAUUUGGCGAUGUGGGCGUGGGUGACUUUUCCACUGGAGGAGGUAUUGGCUUCUUGGCUGGUGCAUACGGUUAUGCCAUCGAUCGUUUCCGAGCAAUGGAAGUGGUCUUGAUGUCCGGAGAAAUCGUACUCGCCACCAAGACCAACAAGUACUCGGAUCUGUUCUGGGCACUCCAAGGUGGAGGUGGCCGGUUCGGCAUCGUGACUACUUUCUACCAAGAAGCAGUGCCAGAACCAGAUCCCUCGGAGUUUGGCAUCUGGAUAGUCGCCAGAGAGUCUUGGGAACGGGNNCGACAGAACACAGUGCAGUUUUUCAACUCCAACGACGAUCCUUCUUCGCUCAUGUACUACUCGCUGGGUUAUUAUCCUGAGCACCUUACACACGGACGUCUGACGACUACUAUGGUGAUAGUGGGCAUGCGAUUUGCAAAUCCGCAGAGCCAGGCAAGCAGCGCAAUCACCAAAACCAACAGUACUCUCGCUUCCUCACAGCCCACAAAGCAAAAGAACUUCAACGAGACAUUUUCUGCACUGCUCGGUGACCUAGUGCUAAAACAAGCCGCAAUCUACAAAGUCCCCUAUGGACAAGCCACCGAAUUAAGCACCCCAUUCUUUCCCUACGGUUAUCGCCGCGGCUUCUGGGGCGCCCAGACCUCGAAGGUGACUGCUGCAUACCUAACCCUUGCAUCCCAAAGCAUGGAAAACUACAUCAAUGCCUCUCUCGCCCUUGGACAGGUCCCUAUCACCGCGGUCUGGGUCUUGCAAUACAUGUACCCAUUCCAAAACGGUCAUGCGCCGAUGUCUGAUGCUGAUACCGCGUGGCCCCACGCCUUCUCCGCGCACCAGACACUUUNNUUUUCUCCUGCUUGGACUGAUGCCACAGAUGAUGCGUUUGUCAUCCACCAUAAUGAGGUCUUGAACAACAUUACUUAUGCACAUCAAGCCAAGGUUGGAGGCUUUAUUGCCGAUUAUCCGAAUUACAUCUCGCCGAAAGUGUCAGGAGAAAGGGUUUGGGGUGGGAAUGUGCAGAGAUUAGUGGAGGUUAAGACGAAAUAUGAUCCCGAGUGCAGGAUUCACCAGGGAAGGGUUUUUGCGUCGGAAGCUUGUGUGGAGAAGGGGUGGGCGAAUGUUUUUGCGGGUAGAAGGUAG